CACUGAUCCUUCGCGAGAACAUCCAUCAGCUUUAUUUGUCAGCUAGAAUUCAAUGGAUGGUAAGCCUGACGAUGCCGCCGGAUGGGGGAAUAGAUUCAAACAGGCCGUUGCCAUCAACAAGCAGCUGGUUCCACUCAAGUUAACCAUGCUUCUCUACUAUGGCGCUGUGUCGCUAUACUUGCCCUACAUGACGUUGCAGAUGAUCCAGGUGGGUCUCAACAUUGAAGAGAUCGCCAUCAUCUACUCGGUCCUUCCCUUCGUCACUUCCAUCAUGCCUCCAAUAGCUGGCAUGUUGGCUGACAGGUUUCACAGUUACAAGCUCAUCCUGAUCGUUAUCGUAGCUUCCGUCGCUGUGUUCCACACGUCUUUGCUGCACAUCGACGCCCGUUUGUCAUCCGAUGCUCCAACGGCCGGAAUGGACUUUGAAACACCGGCCGAGAUUUAUUGCACACGAUUGGGAGCAGUCCUGCGUUUCGAGAAUUUCACGUGCGACGCCAAUCGGGAAAUGUGGACGGUCGACUGGACACCGUCCGAGUGCCAACCCGUGGAUUGCCAGGUACCGGUGCGAAUGCAACUAUGUCUGGCAGACGGUAGCUGCACUCAAAUCGCAAUCGGAUCGACGUCCAUGCUGGAAAUGGACGCUCUCCUCGAAGUUGUGCCACCGACUCAUUUGCAAGGAAAUUGCACAGCGCAAAUCGUUAGCGCUCAAACGGAUCAGACGCGCAACUCAGCAACGCUCCUUUGCAACUGUCCCAUCCGCUGUCCAGCUAUGGCUUCGCCCAUGUUAUCUGAUUUGAACAACGGCUCCACCACCAACGGCUUGUCUGUCGAAGAGCAGCAACAACAGAAAGAGAUUGAACGAGUCAAACAUAACCGCGGAUUUUGGUUGUACUUUAUUCUGAGGAUUAUCGCAUCCGGUUCUCUUGCCACCUCCUUUUCCAUGUUGGACGCAACUGCAAUAAAAAUGGUCAAGAAACAUCACGGCGAUCUGGGGAAACAGCGACUGUUUGGCGUCAUUGGACAAGCAAUUUUUGCCGUUCUCGCUGGAAUAAUACUCGACUGGACCGUCAUUGGCAAAGGUUAUCCCGACUACUCGAUUACCUUCUACUUGGCUGACGGCAUGUUCGUCGUGGUGAUGAUAUUGAUGAGCCAACUCGAUGUCGGCGUCGAGGAACACACCGAGGCCACCAAGCUGAUGAAAAGCAUAUCGAAACUCAUCCGACUCGUCGAUGUCGACAUCUUUAUGAUUAUGAUGCUGCUACUCGGUACCUGUUGGGGCUUCCUGGAAUCGUUUCUCUUCGUCUACCUCACCGAGCUGAACGCCAGUAGCUAUCUUCUCGGAAUGACCAUCACAUUCGCUAGCAUCAUCGGUAUUCCUUUCCUGUACGUCUCUGAUGUCAUCGUGCGCAAGAUUGGAUCCGUAAACGUGAUCGUGCUCGCCUUCUUCGCCUACUGCAUCCGUUUUUUUGGCUACUCUUUCAUUUGGGAUCCGUGGUUAAGUCUUCCUUUCGAAGCAUUGGAAGCUGUCACUGUCCACAUGAUGGCUGUUGCCAGUUCGAUUUAUUGCGCCGCAGCUGCACCUCCUGGACUAUUGGCGACAUUAAAUGGGGCUGUUGGAUCCUUCCAUUAUUCCUUUGGUCGCGGAGUUGGCAGCUGUGUCGGUGGCAUCAUGAUGUCUAAAUUCGGGACACGUACGACUUUUCGCAUUCUCGGUGCUGGCGCCGGAGUUUGCGGUUUGGUAUAUUUCCUACUUCACCGUUUCUACCUCGCCGGCCUCGAGAAAAAGCGGCUACGCCGAAAAUCCAUUAGACCUUCAAUCGUGAUUUCUGAGGAAGCUGUGCCGAUGAAAAUGAACUUGGAUGUAGAGACGAAUGAGAAAGAUGAUCCGGUGGACGACGACGAUACAAACGAUGAUCAAAAGAUGGAUUAUCUGUUUGAACCUGAUGGCCUCAAAGGACGUCGCCUAAGUGCUUUCUGAGAUCAGUUUUAUUGCUCUUGGAUAGUGUGUGAGAGGACAACUGAAAAACAAAUAGGCUCUGCUGUAUCUAUAUACAUAUUAUGUAAUAUAGUGUGUUGAUUGCA